AUGAGAAUCACAAUUAAUUUACCAUCUCAAAAUUCAUUAUCAGAAUCUAAAGGAGGGAGUGAAAAUUUAACAAAAAGGAUAUUGUAAAUCAAAACCCAAAAAUAUUGAAGCAUAGAGCGAAAGAUGGUGAUGAAGAAAAUUAAAGCUCUUCAUAAACAUCAUAGCUUUGUCAUCUCCAGCUCCUCUCUCUCUCUCUCUCUCUCUCUCUCUCUCUCAGCCAUCACAGAACACCAUUUUGCAUCACAGCUCUGCCAUCUCCAGCUCCACGUCACCUCUUCUCCAUACUACACAACCACAACACCCAACUCACCUCACCGCCUACGCUAAAUUGCCAUUAACCCAGCCACAUCGCACUUCCGUCUUCACCCCUUAGCAAUCACAAGAUCUCCAGACCACCUGCAGAAUGCUUAAACUCCUCUCGAUGCCACACUUGUUAACUAACUAGGCCCAUUACCCAGUUCCCUCAUGCCUUACCAGCUCUUCUUCCCUUCUAAUUUCGACUUUCCUGUUCAUAUUAUCCUUGCUUCUAAAAAAAAAAAAAAAAACUCUCCUAAUCAACAUGCAACUCCUCUCGGUGCCAAGUCUUGCUUCCCUUUGGACUCUAGCCUCACCGUUGUCGUGAUCAAAGCCUAUCAGUAUCAUCGCUGUUCGAACCCUUGAACUACCCAAGUCUUGCUCGCGUCGAUUCGCCUAUGUGACGCCAUUGGAUUUUUUGGGUAGCUAAGGAGGAGGUUUGAUGGUGAGGAAGAGAUAGAAAGAGGGUAGGAGAAGGGAAAAGAGAAUUUUUAUGUCUUUUCCCUUGUUAACUUAAAAUAUGUUAAAUUAAGUAUUUAAUCAGAAAACCGGUUAUUACAAAGUUAAAAUGAUUUUUAUGUUACAAUAUUCUACAUGUUCUAAGUUCAAGAACAAAGAGGGAAUUUAUCCCUUAUCCUUGCGAUUGCAGAUGAUGGAAGCAACCAUGUGGAUGCAUGCGAUAAUCCACAGAGGAUUAUUUUAGUAGCGGUGGGUCAAUCCUGCUUAGCUGAGUACUAAGGAAUUGAGGAUGAAACUUACGUCACUAUACUUUCUUUAUCUGUUUUUGAUGGAUAGAUGAACCAUUUCCCAACUUAACAGAUCUGUCAUUGGAAACAUCAGAUUUUCUCUGUUUCCUGCGCAAAAGAGAGAGAGAGGGAAAAAAGGGUGAAAUAAUAAAUAAAUCCUUUCAGGCUGUGCAUUACCAAUUCGUACACUUCACCUGGAUAUUAGAAAGGUCUAAGUGGGCCAUUCGUGCUUCACUUUUAGCAAAACCUGCAUUUUCUCUUCAUCUAAUUGUCUCUUUUAUUAUUUAAUAACCCUUAAGCUCAGUAAUCCCGUUCAUUCUCAAUAUAAUUCAUUCACUUCCACUCGCCAUCUACCUCCCAUUUCUCUUUCCCCUUUUCUAGUUCUUUCUCUCAGAUUUUGGGAAUCAUGCAAUGCCACUCAGUAUAUGAUUCUCAAUCCCAGUCUAAUCACCAUCAAUCAAACCUAGCAUCUCUUUGCUCUCAGCCAGGUCUCCUGUCAGUUCCUUCCCUUUCCUCACAACCCCAUCACCAAUUCUUCCUCUCCAACACCGACCACCACUGCCUCACCACUCUUAAGGGUCACAGCAGCUAUAUAUCCUCUCUCACCCUAGCCGGUAAGUUCCUCUACGGUGGCUCCUCAGACAAAGAAAUCCGAUCCUGGAAGCGAAACCAUCUGGACUCAGAACUAGAUCAUGAAAACCUAUGCUACAACGUUGUAGCUGUGGGGAAAGGUGCAGUGAAGUCCCUAGUAGUUUUAGCUGAUAAACUUUUUAGUGCUCAUCAAGACCACAAAAUCCGAGUAUGGAAAAUCAGUAAUCAAGAACCUGAUCAACAAAAGUAUACCCAUUUAGCCACGCUACCCACACUUGGUGACCGAGCCUUGAAGAUUCUACUACCAAAGAACCAGGUUCAGAUUAGAAGACACAAAACAUGCACAUGGGUUCAUCACGUAGAUACAGUCUCUGCGCUUGCCUUGUCAAAGGACGAGUCUCUUCUUUAUUCCGUUUCAUGGGAUAGGACACUCAAGAUAUGGAGGACAAGUGACUUCAAAUGUUUGGAGUCAGUAUCAAGUGCACAUGAUGACGCCAUAAAUGCAGUGGCAGCUUCAAGUGAUGGGGAUGUUUAUACAGGAUCAGCAGACAGGAAAAUCAAGGUGUGGAGGAAAAGUUCAGGAGAGAAGAAGCACUCCCUAGUGGCUACGUUAGAGAAACACAACUCAGGGAUCAAUGCCCUGGCACUAAGCACUGAUGGGUCUAUUCUGUACUCCGGUGCUUGUGACCGGUCUAUAGUGGUCUGGGCAAAGGAUGGUGCCGAUGGUGGCAUGAUGGUUCUGGGUGCUCUUAGAGGGCAUACAGAGUCCAUAUUGUGCUUAGUGGUUGUGUCUGAUUUGGUAUGUAGCGGUUCUGCGGACAAAACCAUAAGAGUUUGGAGACGUGUUGAAAGGAACUAUUCGUGUUUAGCAGUGUUGGAAGGGCAUAAAGGCCCUGUCAAGUGCUUGAGUGCAACAAUUGACGGACACAACCCAUCUCAUACAUCGUACCUUAUUUACAGUGGGAGUUUGGAUUGUGAUAUCAAGGUGUGGCAGGUUAAUGUUCCUAUAGAUCUCUAGCAGAAACUACAUCAACUGUGACAUUUUGUAAAUAUCAAAUGAUUUGAGAAGAGAGUGCAGUUCCCUGCCUUUUCUUUUACUUUCAUCUUUGUUAUUUUUCUGUUUCUCCUUGUUAAGGCCUUCUGUUGUUUAAGAUUACUGUGCAAGAUUUGGGACUAAUGAUCCACGACCAAAUUUUACUCUCAAGGAUUAACAAGGGUCUGUUUGAUUUA